AUGGAAUCAUCUUUUGCAGAAAUUGUCAGACCAGCCGGUUAUAGUGACUUCGAAGUUAUUAGGAGAGAUGAUCUUGCAAGACUUAUGGGCAGUGUCUUAGCGCUUGAUGAAAUGCAAGAUCAGGAUGAAAACCCUAACCUAUAUUUACUAAAUCAUCGUUCGAUUGUUGAAAACAGAAAAUCACUCCAAUCAUCUGAUGUUGAAGACUAAUACUCUGUGGUAAGUAAUGGAGAUGAGGAAAUACAAGAUUUCCACAAGAAUCAUACACUUAAAAUUGAUGUUACAAUAAAACAAAAACUCUUUGAAAAAUUAACAAAUUUUGGUUAUUCAGUUUAAAAGUCCAGCUCCUAAAAUAAAGUUCAGAUUAAUGAUAAGUCAUUGACUUAUUUGCUGGGCUUUACAGUCGAUAAGCAAGAACUUUUUGAUAAAUUUGUUGCAGAUAUGAUUUGGAUGACUUACAAGAAAGACUUCAAACCAUUACUAAUUGAGAAAACUAGCAUUUAAGGCCAAAAGGUGUAAAAUUUAACGACUGAUUGCAAUUGGGGUUGUGUAAUAAGAAGUGGUUAGAUGCUGGUUGCUAACGCUUUGGUCUAAUCACAAUUUUUCUAUCAAGUCCCUUAAAUUCUUGAACUAUAAUUUAGCAUAUGUUCAUUCAAUGAUGGGAUUAUUACAAUGGAUAAAUUGUUGGAAAAGGGUUGUCAGAUUCAGAAAGAAGAUGUUGCCAUUGUAUAGAACCUCUAUAUGAGUUUUGAUGAAAACGUUACCAGAUUUAGUGAUGGCUAUAGUUUGUCUUAAAAUUUCAAGGAGCCUGAGUGGAUAAAUGAAGUAUUAGUUAUUGUAAAUGCCAGAUUAGGAAUGGAAGGAAUAAACAGCAACUAUCACUAAGUUAUUUUGAAGUAUAUGAAAUUUCCCUAAUUUAUUGGAUUAAUGGGAGGGAAACCAAAAAAAGCAUACUAUUUUAUUGGGUAAUAAGAGUACAAAAAUGGAGACCCUGCAAAGUUAAUUUAUUUGGACCCACAUGUGGUUUAGAAAUACAGUAAAAAUAUUAGUAAAAAUUACUAGCAGGAAAAAGCAAAGUACCAUACUACUAAUGCGAGAUUAAUAAAAAUAAAGAAUUUAGACCCAUGCUUGGGCUUUGGCUAUCUUAUAAAAAAUUAUGCAGAUUAUAAGCAAUUUUAUGAGCUCUUGAGAAAGUACAUUGAGUAAGAUAAGGAGAAUUCCUUAUUUACAGUCUUUGAAAAGUUUGAUUAUAUUGAUGAUGACAGAAGAUAUACCCAUAAUACAGCUUCACUUUGA